AUGGUAGAGAGAUGGCGAAAGGAGACACACUGCUUCAAUUUUCGUGAAGGCGAGUGCACCAUCACACUUAAGGACAUCGCCAUCCUAACCGAUCUCCCCAUCGAUGGUGAUGUUGUUUGUGUGGACUCUACGCCACCACCUAAAGUUGUUGCCAAUAUGAAUGGUUGGCAACAUUUUAUAUGGACGGUCACCGGGUUAGCGAGGCGAGAAAAUGGUUCCAGGGUUAGACACCUCCAACGCCAAAAUCAGUUUGGGAAGGAAUGCAUAUGA